AGAUGGAGCCCAUUUCAGGCAUGUACCAUCGGCUUACGUGGGCUAUACUUCUGUUAAUGCCAAUUAUUUUUCACAUAAAGACAACAGCGUCUCACACCGAAGGGCUCUUUACCAUCGCAGAUCACGAAUCCCCCACAGUUACGCCGAAAUUUCUAUCACGUGGACAUUUAUAUAAAGUGAUUGUUGGUGAAACUAUAGAACUACCAUGUAAAGUCCAAAACCUUGGAUCAUUUGUUUUAUUAUGGCGAAAAGGUUCUUCUGUUUUAACUGCAGGACAUUUGAAGAUUACAAGAGAUCAAAGAUUUAAAAUUGUUGGCGACUACGAUUUGCAAAUAGCAAAUGUUAAAACCCAGGAUGCUGGCGACUAUAUAUGUCAACUUGGUGAUCAAGAAAAUCGGGAUCAGGUUCAUACGGUCGAGAUUUUAGUUCCACCAACUCUUCGUGCUUUGCCUCAUAAUGGCCAAGUAACUGCACGAAAGGGCAGUACCGUCACUUUGGAAUGUAAAGCUUCGGGAAAUCCAGUUCCAACCAUUUAUUGGUUUAAGAAAGAUGUGUUUUCCGGGCCUACGCAUUUAUCUGACAGCUCAACUUUAAUAUUAGAGAAUGUGGAUAGACAUCAUGCUGGAAUUUAUCAAUGUUCUGCUGACAAUGGAGUUAAAGAACGAGUUUCAAUGGAUAUACAAUUAACUAUUUUAUCUCCGCCCGAAAUAACUGUUGAAAAGUCAUGGGUCCAUGCAGCGGAAGGUUACGACGUGGAGCUUGUGUGCAUAGUACAUGGUGAUGUAAAUUCUGAGAUGCUGUGGUAUCAGAACUCGUUCUUAUUAGAUCCUACAGACAGGAGGUCAAUGCACACAAAUGAUGAUAAAUACACUUUAGUAAUUAAAAAGUUCCAGCCAUCUGAUUUUGGAAAUUAUAGUUGCGUCGCUGACAAUGCUCUGGGAAGAACUAAAAAAUAUAUUGAAGUAUCUGGUCGACCGGGCCCAGCUAAUUUUAUAUCACCAGCGUUAAGUGGAUAUCUUGACCAUUACAAUUUAACAUGGACUAUUGAAUCCUUACCUCCACUUGGUGAAAUAAAACUUUUAUAUAGACGACUAUUGAUGAAUGAAACAUAUCAGCAUCCCGGAAAGUGGCACGAAAACCACAUAAAUCCAGCUUUAAUCCGGAUUGAUAAUACUCAUUUCAUAACGUCACAUGUAAUAAAAAAUUUGGAGCACAAUGCCGUAUACGAAGCCAUUGUACAAGCAAAAAACAAAUAUGGAUGGAAUGAG